AUGAUCUACGAGUCGCAUGGUCUCUACAGGAUCGACUACCCCAAGGAACAGUAUGAAACAUACCAAGAAGAAGCAAGCCAGAAGCUUAUCGCAGAACUUGAGCGUAUCCUGCAAGAAAAGUCCAACGAUGUAGUGCUGGACAUAUCUUUCUACGACAAAGAGUACCGCGAUGAGUACAAAGAUAUUGUGGAACGUAACGGAGGUCGCUGGGUACUGGUAUACCUCGAUGCUGGCCGAGAUCUUCUCUGGAACCGGAUUCAACGAAGAAGAGCUGAGAGGGACUCACUAGACGCUAAACACCCAAAAAGAAAUGGUGACUCAGCCUUUGAUAUCGAUGAUGAGACUUUUGCUAUGUAUUUAGACGGGUUUGAGCCACCAAGAGGUGAAGGGGAAAUUGUUAUCAAGGUUGAAUGA